CCGAGACCGCACCAGUCGGUCGGAUCACUUCGUAGCCAACGGUUCGAUCCCGGACAGAACGAACAAAACAUUUUUUUUUUCCCGUCAAAAAUUCAAACUUUGAAUUCGAUUCCGUAUAGUUGGGAAUCUAAAUCCGAAAAAUAGUAAAUCGUUGAGACAAAUUUUAUUUGCAGUUUGAAUAAAAUUUGUGGUUUUCUACGACCAGGAAAAAAAUCACCGAGAAGAAAGAAAAAACGUUUCUGUGCACAUUUUGAAAUUUUUUCGACCGAAGUUUAUAUAUUUUUGAUUUCCUGUUUCUUUUCUUUUGGCCACCGCUGCCCUCCCUCUAACAACAACAACGAAAUAUAACCAGCAGGUUCCCAUUGGGAAAACAUUUCUGAAAGGUAUUCAUAGCAACGCCGUCGACGACCAGCUCAACCACCUGAUCAGAAAAGAAAAAGGAAAAUUUUCUUAAAAAAAUCGCCAUCAUGGACUCGAGGAAGAAGAUGAGCUUCUCUUCGUGCAGCGUCGAGUUCAUUUACAUGGCGGCCUCGCCGCCGUGUCGGGCCGUUUGGAUGUGCAUCAAAGAGCUCGGCAUCGACGUCGACAUGCGCCACAUCGACAUGUACAAGAAAGCCGAACACACUCAGCCGUGGUUCGUCAAAUUGAACCCGCAACACACGGUGCCGACCAUCAACGAUGACGGAUUCAUCCUCUGGGAAAGUCGCGCCAUUUUGGGUUACCUGGUGAACAAAUACGGCAAGGACGACCAGCUGUACCCGACGGAACCGCAGAAGAGGGCCCUCGUUGACCGAAUGCUCUACUUUGAUAUCGGAACUCUCUACAAGUCCAUGGUCGACUAUUUUCAACCGAUCCUCUACAUGGGCUCGUCGGGCGACCCGCAGAAAGCCAAUCAGCUGAAAUCCAGCCUGGAUUACCUGGACCAGUACCUGGAGAUCGAGGAGUACGUGGCCGGUGAUAAUCUGACGAUCGCCGAUCUGGCCCUCCUGGCCACCGUCACUCACCUGGAAGGUGUCGAGUGGUCCUACAAAUCGUACGAGAACAUCUUCCGCUGGGUCACCAAGCUCAAGACGGAAUUGCCCUACUACAACGAGUGCAAUCAAGGCGGCAUCAACAUGUUCAAAGACUGGGUCAAACUGCGGCGAGAGCAGGCCGCCGCAACGGCCGCAGAGGAAGCCGCAAAGUCCGUCCGCAAAAAUUCGCGCACAUAAAAACAAUUAAAACAAAUUUUCAACUUUUUCCCCUUGUUUUUCGAAUUCUUUUCGAAAUAAAAAAAUUUGUUGAGAGAAGAAUUCCCCCUCCAUUUUUUUUUGUUUCCCAACCCUCUAGACGCUGCCAAAUUUGAAUUAAUUGGAAAAAAAAUUGAAAAAAAAAAAUUCUUCUCUCAAAAAUUUUAUUCUUCAGCUUUUGUAGCAAUUCAAUUGCACUUCCUUUUUUCUUCGCCUCUCUUCUGUCUCUCCCCCUCUUUUGUUACAUAACAUAGAAUUGUCCUCGGCAACGACGGAUUGUGAUUAAUUUGAUUGUUUUCAAUUUUUUUGGAAAUCUUGUUCUUUUAAUUUUAUUGACAAAACUAUUAGGCAAACAACCCAACACAACGUAAAGAAAAAUGGAAAAAUCACUUGUUUCCCUUGUAGCUCCUUCCUUAUUCGGCUAACAAACAAAAAAAACCCUUUUUGAUUAUUAUUUCUUUGGAAAAUGUGUCAUUUCAUCAUCUCCUCCCCCCCCCCCCUCUUUGAAAAAACAUUUCGAAAUACAAAGAACAGCACAGCACGCAAACAA